AUGUCCCGGCCUAAAAGCGCCAUCGAAAACUUACCUGACGAUGUUCUAUUCAUCAUCUUUGCGUACGCUCCAGAAUUGCGAGCAGCGUCCCGGCGUCUCCAUGCAGCCGCAGAGCUUCGUGAUCGCCACCUAUUGCUCCAUUACUUAUCGCACGGUGGUCGGCCCAGGUCCAAAUCUUCUUCUUCUUCUUCUUCAUCUGCAAAUACUACUGCCGCCACCACGGGGACCGCUCCUCCGACUCCUCCUUCACCAGAAUCUUCAGUCUCACUGUCUUCUAUUGCCACACCCUCAGUGUUUGACGAGACAGUUCUACUCGAGCGGGUCCGCUCAGACCCUGUAAUUAGCGCCUUUUUGGAAAAAGUCUCGUAUUCAACGUCAUCAUCAUUAUCUUCUUCUUCUUCCUCGAGAGUCUCCGACAGAGCUCUUCUGGCUCUGUUCCGACGUGACGUAUGUUUUUUCGAUGAGUCCCACAUCAUAACGCCGCGGCCAGAUGCCGAAAUCGAAAUCAUAGAAGACCCGUCGAUUGCAGUGACUCCAUCUGCAAGUGCACCAGAACCUCCCUCUGGCACGUGCCACUGGCAAGUCGUACGUGACCCUGCACAAGGAGCACCGGCCAGCGGGACAUGUGUACGUGCCCGUGGGGUACACUGGUUAUGGUUACAACACCGCACGCGACUUGCUCCUGGGUUUCGGUACCGAAUACUUUGCAGUCUUCGAGCCAGUAAUGCAUUUGCACUCAACACAGUCAGGUUCAUGGUCCAAGAAAAUCCGUAUGUGCGACAAGCGUUCCAGCCUUACGCGCCGGUCGCUGCUACAGCCGGUCAACAUGGAGUCUUAGGGAAUGAAAGAACUGCAGGAGGGACCAUGUACCUAGGCGAGAUUGAUGUUCUGAUGCCACCAUCACCUGGGAUUGUGGUUGUAGAAGGUGUGCGCAAUGGGGCUUCGGGUGCAUGGGUGAUUGGGUCCAGUGACGAUGAUGGCGACGAAGAUAUGGACGAGGCUGACGAGCCAAGUGAUAUGGAAGAAGAGGAGGAGGAGGAGGUGGAAGAGGAGGUGGAAGAGGUGGAGGUUGUUGUAAGCCAGCAAUCAAAUGUUAACGAAGAGCACCGGCAGAAUAAUAUUAAUACUGAACCCUCAGACCCAUCGUCAUCGUCAUCAUUUCGGUAUUACUUUAUGCAUGAUGAAGACGACGAGCUACUAGUUUCAGAACCCUCGACAGCCGGCGGUGGAGCUACUCCGCAGUUGCCCAUACCUGGGGUGUCUGUUGGCACUAUGACAGGACUUACUUCCCCCCCGCACACAGUAGUGGUCCCCGCGUCAUCUCUUCCGCGCACGCCAUCAGGUGUGAGUGGCAAUGGAUCGCACGACGCUCUUCAUCACCAUUUGCAGCUUCAUAGACAGCUUGCGCAGAUUGAACGUGAGCGCAGCUUCGAGGACGCUGUGGCCGCCGCAGACGACCCAGCGGCCCGAGCUCGAGCACACCGUAGACUUUUGAGACUGCGGUACGGCGCUCACGGGUCUGCAGCAUAUGCCGGUAAUAGUAGUCUUUCGGUCUCGGUGUCUACGUCAGUAUCUGGGGCCACGACCCCCAAGUCUCCACAUUUCACAGAGCGUAGUCGUGCAACCAGUUUUGCAGCCAUGGCUCGUGCACGGCCUGGCAGCAGCUCAUUGUCGACAAGUCAUAUUCCUUCGCUGGCUACAGGGGGGGUAAGAACUUCUGGGUCUGUCGGAACUGCUGUGGCCACUAUGACAGCUGCGGUUUCGCAAACCCCAGGGAUGCGAGCCAUUAGGCAAGCACAGCGACGUGCGCGCAAACUAGAGGCAAUUGCAGCUGCAGCACGGCCUGCUGGGCGGUGGCCUCAGGUAGUGUUUGAUAUUGAAGACACGAGCGUGGGGAUCAAUCGUGGGUUGCAGUUUAAUAGUUUAUGGUUUGAGCAGGUUGCCCCAUUACAAGAAUUACAGCCUAGGCCACGCGACUGGCAUGCAGUGGCUCCAGGGUCCAAGGAACUUCCUACGCUGGAGAGGUUAGGAUUGGUGACGCCGGAUGCUCGGGAAGUAUUUGCACGGUUUGCUAGGCAUAAGAUUAUGACUGGGCAGAGCUGA